AUGUCGACAGAAACACCUAAUAUUUCGCUCGGCUCCCAUCCACUAAGCUCGGUCCCUUCAGCCGCGCACGAACCAAACUCAUCCACAGCACAGUCAGUGAAUGAAGCUCAGUCGACGAUCAAAGAUGAAGAUGACAAUGUGUUGGAUGAUGAAGAAAUGAUAGAUGGCGAUGUGGAAGAAGAGCCUCAGGCGCAAGCACAGCCGCAAACAGCAGCGGAGAGAACAGCACAACGCCGGAAGAUGAAGCGGUUCAGAGAACGACUUUCUCGAGAAAUACCCGGCUUGAGCCCUCGUCAGGUACAAGUCUGGUUCCAGAAUCGGCGAGCAAAAAUCAAGCGCUUGACAGCGGACGAAAGGGACCGUGUCAUGAAAAUGAGGGCGGUUCCCGACGACUUCGACAAUGUCCAGGCACUUCAUGCCCCUUACGGAGCGGUUCACGGUCUCGGGACACCCUUGACCUCGCCCGUUGAUUUUGCUGCCUCGUCUUAUGCAGACCACAUGAUGAGACCGCUUAUGGUGGACGUGCGGCGAUCUGAUACCGAUGACCAUCUCUCAUCGACCGGUAUGAGCCCAGCGUUCGGAAGUAUAGGCUUCAAUCCCUCGAACUCGCUCAACAACCCAGACACUCUUUCACCAAUGUCGCCCCCUUCUACCGAUAGAUACGGAUACAGUAACCAUCUCUCGGCGUCGUUGAGUGCUGGAGCACGGUCGUUAAAUCCAUUUGCACGACAACCUGGACUCGACGCGAGCGUACAUAUGCAUAAUCAUCAUUCACAACACCAAAUACGCACAUUACAACCUCUUCAACUUCGAGAGACCACGAAUAGGUCUCGCGCCGAAACACUUCAGUCUCCACUACGAACUAGUAUGUCAUGGAAAGGCGAGUCCCUUGAUUAUACAACCUAUCACGGUAGCAACACUUCACCCCCAAUGAACAGCAGGCCGCAAAGCCUGUACCACCAGGAUCAUAUGAACAGUACCUCCACAUCUAACUUGGGAAGCUAUGAUCCAACUCACUAUGCGGGAUCGACCGCCCAGUCGCCUACUCACUUGAGUUAUCCCAACUAUCAGUCAUCUAGUCUUCAAAACAACUCUCGCAGAACUUCGCGCUUGAGUGCUUCCUCGGCCUCCCUGCCUUUUGGUCUCGAUCUACGAACGCAAUUUCGCUCGGCUGUAGGAGCCAACAGCUUACAGUCAACAGCACAUUCGCCAACUUCUACCCGUGCAUCGUCUACUGCUCAGCUAGGCAGUGGCGGCGCCUCUUCAAGCUACUCUGCGUCGAGCUUUCCUUCCGCACCCCUCUCCGCGCCCGCCGAUUACUCCCUUUCCCGAACAUCACCUUACAGGCCACCACCAUCGGCAGGGACCACAGACUAUGCCAUCCCGCAGAUGAGCGCCCCAAUUGCCCUUCCCAACGACUUCUCGCAAGCGUUUCAGGCCAGCAGCAUGUCUAAUGGUGGAGGAAGUUCGAGGGAUACGCAGUCAUUGAGAGAUAAUUUUGGUGCGAGUGUCUUGGGGCUAGGUCACGGUCAUGGUCAUAACAAUCCGGCAAGCCACCGCACCACCGAUGACUAUUCUGUGAAUGACCCCCUGGGCAUGAAGCGGAAGCGGAGAUAUUCGGGAACGGCGCCUACUGGCGCUGGUGCACAGGGAAUCGGGGCAUAUGGGGCGGCGGUUUGAAUAUUUACGACAUGCAGACACUUUUCCUUUCUUCUUCCGAAUCGACGUGGACGACCAUAUAUACUUUAGAAUCGGGUCAGUCUUUAUGGGUCACUGCUGAGGUUUUGUUGUUUUUGACCAGAGAGUCGGGUGGCAAUGUGCUUUUGAGUAGUGCGUGGAACAUGUUGACGAUUGGUUUGUUGUAAUCGUGGC